UUUGCCCUGCAUAGAACUGUUCCAUACAGAUCACUAAAGGAAAUAACACCUCACUUUCCCCCCCAAGAUAAAGAUAAAGACACUGUGACACAAAAUGAAACAGAACGAGGAUGUUCAUGAGAGAAGGCUGGUGAGAUCUUUACAGACAUAUUGGCCCACAUUAAAGCAGGAUACUAGCAUGACGUUAAACAGUUCAACAACAGCAUACAACUGCACAAAGACAUGUGAAAACUCAUAUGAUGGAGACAGCUGGCUGCUUUGUGCAGUAUUACUUGCUUACACUUUAAUAUUUCUCAUCAUCAUAAUGGCUAUAAUAUGGUUGAAAAGAUGUCAGACCAUAAAGCGCAGCAUUAGGAGACUGCAGAACGCACAGCAGCAGGCAAAGCCUCGUUCAUUUGCUGAAACCGAUCCUUUAGAGCAAAGUUCUGAGUCUGAACAAAUAAUUACAAUCCAGCUGGAACAAGAUGCCUCUGAAUUUAUGCCGAGCACAACAUUAGCAAGUCCUUCGUUUAACAAAGCUGAUAUCACUAUGCAACAGCUCAUUAAAUCUGGAAAAGAAGGAAUGCUGUAUAAAGCGAAAAUGACACGUGGCACCAUCAGAGGCCACACCAUGUUCACCUGCAAGAUCUACAAAGACGCCGCUAAACACGAGCAAGUCCAAACAGAGGUUAGGAUCAUGCGGAAUUUAAACACACACUUGAAUCUGCUGCAGCUUUUAGACUGGGACAUUACAGACGUGCCCUAUAUGUUAAUUAUGGAAAACGCAGAGCAUGGCAGCCUACGCACCUUCGUUAGGUUAAAUAAAGAAAGGUUGUGCAAAGAUGCAGAGCUACAGCACCGCUUCACCAUUGCACUUUACCACAUAGCACAAGCCCUGGACCACCUGCACUCCAAAAUGAUACUGCACUGCAACCUGGCACUAAGGAAUAUCAUGGUUCACAGAUUUCCCCAUGAAGUAAAAGUGGCUGAGUUUGGAUUGGCCAGAGACAUAAUGAGGGGGCAGAGCCUCUCUGGAAGCUGCAAGAACACCAAACGAAUUCCCUUUAGAUGGUACCCUCCAGAAUAUUUCAAACAUGACUUCUACGAAUUUAAAGGAGAUAUCUGGGCUUUUGGAAUCGUCAUCUGGGAGAUGCAAACAUUUGGCACUGUUCCCUACCCUGACUUGAAAACAUCAGAGGAAGUUGUGAGAUAUAUAUGCACUGGCCGCAAGGUUCGAGACCCUGAAGAAUGCCGGCCAGAAAUGCUUCAGAUGAUGACAGAAUGCUGGCAGGAGCCCUACAUCAUGAGACCUUCCUUUUUGGAUAUUGUCAAAGUUUUGGAGAAAAUUCUGGAAAAUGAUCGUGACUAUGUGAAUAUAGAGAGCAGCACUUUCAUUGUAGCAGUGGAGUCUGAAGAUGGAGAUUAAUUAUUAUGACGGAUGUUAACAUCAGUUGCUGUAUGUCUCUCAUUCAAGACUUUUCACUAGAUACACUAUAUUGCCAAAAGUUUUGGGAUGCCUGCCUUUACAUGCACAUGAAUGUAAUAUUGCGUUGUCCCGCCCUUUGCAGCUAUAACAGCUUCAACUCUUCUGGGAAGGCUUUCCACAAGGUUUAGGAGUGUGUUUAUGGGAAUUUUUGACCAUUCCUCUAGAAGAGCAUUUGUGAGGUCAGGCACUGACGUUGGACGAGAAGGUCUGUCUCACAGUCUCUGCUCUAAUUCAUCCCAAAGGUGUUCUAUGGGGUUGAGGUCAGGACUCUGUGCAGGCCAGUCAAGUUCCUCCACACCAAACUCACUCAUCCCUGUCCUUAUGGACCUUGCUUUGGUCACUGGUGUGCAGUCAUGUUGGAACAGGAAGGGGUCAUCCCCAAACUGUUCACACAAAGAGCAUGAAAUUGUCCAAAAUGUCUUGGUAUGAAGCUGAAGCAUUAAGAGUUCCUUUCACUGGAACUAAGUGGCUGAGCCCAACCCCUGAAAAACACCUGAACUCAAUGAUCUGGAGGAGUGUCCCAAAACUUUUGGCAAUAUAGUGUAUGUGUAUAGGAAAUAAAGAUUUGAUGUAUGACUAUAUUCAUGCAUAACAUGUAAAAUAUUUACUGCUAGUUUUUGAAACAAAGAUCGUAUUAAAUAAAAUAUAUUAAUUACUAAAAAUAAUAAAGAAGAACUGAGCAGCCAUGGAAUGUCCCUGUAAUUAAAUUGUAAUUGAAAAUGGGCUUUUGCUAUUUAAUUUUAUAUAUGUCCAAAGCAUUUUAUAUACAAAAGGUGUAUAAUAUAUAUUAUAUUAAAAUUGUAUAAAAUAAUCAUUCUCAAAGUCAUCAUCGUUUGCAAAUUAAUGCUAGGCCUCUCAUAUUAUUUGGAGGCUACUAAGUAGAAUUUAUUGUAUCAUAUUUUAUCUUAUUGCAUUGUAGUAGAUUCAGUGAUAUCCUGAAAUAUCUAAUCUUUCCUUAUGAAUUGAAAAAUCAUAUCAUAUCGUGUGGAUUACUUUCACCUCUAUGUUGCAAUAAAAAUAAUGCUGAUUUGAUCAUUUUCAUGUUAUGGGUUGACAAGUUUGAUGACACAGUACAGGUUAUACACAGAUUGGGCAUAACAUUAUGACCACCUGCCUAAUAUUGGGUUGGUCCCCCUUUUGCUGCCAAAAACAACCCCGACCUGUCAAGGCAUGGACUCCACUAGAUCUCUGAAGGUGCAGAUGUUAGCAGCAAAUCCUUUAAGUCCUGAAAGUUCCAUGGGCCUCCAUGGCCUCUAUGGCCCCCACCUCGCAACUUAGAGUAUACUUACAGGACUUAAAGGACACUUUUGAUAGAUACUGACCACUGCAGACCGGGAACACCCCCACAAGAGCUGUAAGGAGUUUUGGAGAUGCUCUGAUCCAGUGGUCUAGCCAUCACAAUUUGUCCCUUCAUCAAACUCGCUCAAAUCCUUACACUUGUCCAUUUUUCCUGCUUCUAACAUCAACUUUGAGGACAAAAUGUUGACUUGCUGCCUAAUAUAUCCCACCCACUAACAGGGGCCAUGAUGAGGAGA